CUUUGCAUGAAACUUUGGGUCUUUUUUCCUCCCUAAGCUCCUCAAGGAAUUAAUACCUAUCUGUAUCUGUACAAUUAUUAUUUUUUUUUUUUGUUGUUCUUCUCUGGAGGAAGGGGGGGGGGGCUUGGAAACUGAGAGCAGAGGUUUGACACCCCCCCGCACACCCCCCUCAAUCCCUGCACAUAAAGGAGGCAUCUGUAUUUUUGGUUACCAGCACUGACUUUGUUGUUGCAACUUGAGACAUGGAUGUUCUCCCAAUGUGCAGCAUCUUCCAGGAACUGCAGAUUGUGCACGACACGGGUUACUUCUCAGCCUUGCCGUCCCUGGAGGAGUAUUGGCAACAGACAUGUUUGGAGCUGGAACGGUAUCUUCAAAGUGAACCCUGUUACGUUUCUGCAUCUGAAAUCAAAUUUGAUAGCCAAGAGGAUCUCUGGACCAAAAUUAUUCUGGCACGUGAAAAAAAGGAGGAAUCUGAACUGAAGAACACGUGUGUCCCAAAAGAGGACAAUCUUACUAGUCAGAACUUAGAGACCAACAGUUCGAAUUCAGACGUGAGCAGCGAAUCUUCAGACAGCUCUGAGGAGCUCUCGCCCACAACAAAGUUUACCUCUGACCCUAUAAGCGAUGUUUUAGCCAGUUCAGGAAACUUGAGUUCGUCUGUCACUUCCACUCCCCCUUCAUCUCCUGAGCUGAGCAAAGAGCCUUCUUCCCAGCUAUGGAAUUGUACGCCGGGUGAGUUGCAUUCACCCGGGAAAAUUCGUACCGGUACCGCUGGAAAGACUGCAGAAAAAGGUACACCCACCAACGGUGACACCUCGCCAGAUGGCAGAAGACGUGUUCACAGAUGUCAUUUUAAUGGCUGCAGGAAAGUUUACACCAAAAGUUCACAUCUGAAAGCACAUCAGCGCACUCAUACAGGGGAAAAGCCUUACAGAUGUUCAUGGGAAGGGUGUGAGUGGCGUUUUGCAAGAAGUGAUGAAUUAACCAGACACUUCAGAAAGCACACUGGUUCCAAGCCUUUUAAAUGUAGUCACUGUGACAGGUGUUUUUCCAGGUCUGACCACCUGGCCCUUCACAUGAAGAGACACCUCUGAAUGGGUCAAGAGGUGAAUCCUGCGGGCUAAGAGGCAUCAAGGUUGAAGAGCCUUGAGCAGAGGGAUGCGUGUUCCAGCCAAAGCAUGCCAUUUUGCACCCUACCCAGUUGCCUCCAGGACCUCACUUCCUUGCAGGUCUUUUGAGGGCUAAUAAGUCAUGUAAGAAACGGCAUAGCAACCACAGUGUGUGAUGUUUGGGGUUUCCUGGGCUCACAUGCUGGUAUCUAACCUUCUGAGUGGCUCCUAAGCCUUUGCCGUGAGCAUGUGCACUGAGAAUGUUAAUGAUUGGGCGACUGUAUGCGAUGAGGAUCUCUUGAUGACUGUAUGCUGAGGCACAUUUUUUUUCUUGUGGUUGUUUUAUAACUGUAAGAGAAAAAAAAAAUAGUCUGAAUGUCUUGUAUGUGAGGAAUAUCUCGUGAGAUGGGACGACCACCAAUCAUU